GUUACGUGUUUUCUGAUAAUUUUGAUGCAGCUUAUUCUUUUUUCACAUAUUGUUACAUUGCUUUCAUGUGCAGGUUAUAAUAUCAGUGUUUAAAGAUCAAUUUAAUUGUUCGUUGUUAAGUGAUUUUCCGGCAUGCAUAAUCUAUUCGACAGAGAUGAUUUGAAAUUAAUAUUUAAUUGAAAGGAUCGUCAAAGUGUAAUUCAUUGUUUGGAUUUGUGAUGAUGUUCAUCAGGGAAACAGACGACAGCUGACAUCUGUUGCUAUUUAUAGAAAAGUCUUUGACAACGAGCAUUACAAUAUAUAAGGAUGUGCCAUUAAUAUAAGGUUCGCAUGCAAAUCAUUGUAAUCUUCAAGCAAGCAAAGCAAAGACUGCAGUCGAGGAGCAUGAAGAUGUUUUAUGAAGGCGACGUUUCAACAGAGACAAUACGGUGUACAUCAUUUUUCUCAGACAUUUGCGAAGGCGAGCACAUAUCCCGAUGACGUCAGUAGUGAUCAUUGAUCCAUGGCGAUAACAAGCUCUCCGAAGUACUCCGACUAUGAAAGGACGGCUAGCCAUGCUGUGUCCCCAUAUAUUACUCUGAGUAUUUUGGUAGCUGGGGUUGUUGGCGGACUUGUCAUAGUCAUAGCCUUUAUCCUCUUCUGUAAAUACUGCGUCAAGAAGCAAAACACCAUUAGAAGGGACCAGGGCACGGACUGCGAAAGAUCCUCUGACCGUCGCUUUAAACCAUUCCAGCGCUAUGAGACGAUCAAUUCUGAUAUGUUCUCGGAGCCCAGUACUGGGUCUAUGGACGGUAUACCCAUCAGUCCUCGAAGGUUCCUGGAAACUAAAAGUCUGGAGAAGAUACCAGGUAUAGACGAAGCAAAUGAAACAACGAGGCUUAAAUCAGACUUCGAAAAAACAUCAUUUUGCGAGACAAACCUAGAUCUGGAACCGUACGUUGAUGAGGAAUACAGAGAAGUGGAAGAAGCAAAGGAGACUGACACUAGGAAAGAAGCCUCUGAAGACACAGAAGUGACUGGGAGGCGAGUAUCAUUUCAACUCGACAAUCUACCACCAACGCCAUCGGGAUAUUUGCGAAAAGGGAGAAGGUACACUGAGGGGGACUUUCACUACUUGAAGAAAAUACGAAUUGCAAAAAAUAGUGUUCCUAGGCAGUACUCUUUAGGCUCAACCUUGCAACGAGAAAGAUAUACUACGGAAGAUACCUACCUAGAUUUGCACGAAGAGGAAAAAUUUCAUCAGAACGACGUUUGCGUCAAGUCGGUUUCAUCUGGUGUAGAAGAUUAUUCCGUAGCGCAUGCUUUGGUGCGACCGUAUAUGUUAGAUUCCCCCACAUCUGCAAAUGGCGCUGUUGGCCCACAGCUUGUCGAUGUUGAAAUACAUCACAGAGGAAUUACGCCAACGAAAGAAGUGACUCAUUAUGGAAAUAGAAAACAUUCAUACUCACGGUCUCCCUGUAUGAGUGACAGAGGUAAAAUAUUAAAACCAAUAUCUCAUAGUAUGGAUACUGUUAGCCCUUCAAAUACGCCUUCACAUAAACAUAAGCGAAGGGUGAAAAGCUACGAUGAUGUGCUAGAUUAUGAUUAUGACAUUUUGAAAAUCACUGAGUUUUCCCGAGGACCUUACUUUAAUAACGAUUUUGAUCCAAUAAUGGAGGUAGAGGGAUUAGCAACUUCAAAAGUGCGCUAUAAUGAUAUGGGAAGCCUAGAGGUGUUGAAUGAUGAUAAAAUAGAUAUCUUUGACGAAUAUGAAUAUGAAAAUAUAAUUCCUGAUGAAAGUGAUGCAGAUACUGAAACAACAAUUAAUGGAACACAAAAGUUCAGAGAGCUUUGGAACUUGCGAGCUACCUUUGAAGAGGAGGAAGAAUGUAGUGACACUAUAAGAAUGGAAGACAUGGCUUCCCCUGAAGAACAAUCUUCAGACCAAGGUGGCGCUUCAUAUUCACCCACAUAUCAUAUCCAGCAUGCUGCCCAGUAUCAUAAUGGAUUUUCGUGCAAAGGAGCUACUACUGACAAUCUCAAUAAUUAUGUUGAUCCGCAACAUGUUGAUCCUGAAGACUCAAAUUUACUUCAUCCGAACUAUGAAAACAGGAGGGAUAAUUUUAGAACUGUUGUGGGUAGGAGAUAUCAAAAACGAGGUUCCACUAGUGCUGAAAAUAGUUUUGACAGUGUUGAGACAGAUCAUACGGACGGUGAUGCUACUGAGUCAAGCAGACACGAAGCUACGACUAGUUUUGAGUCGACUACGGAUAAUACAGACAGUACAGGCGACAGUCAAACUAGCAGACUCAGGCAAAUGAAAGCAGAUAGUGGAUAUAAAUCGCUUGAAACGCAGCAUCCACCUUGUGCUAAUGGUACUAAAAAGGCAUACAGUAUGGAUGAUGAGAUUAUAUUGUUAGGAAGUGAGAUAUCUUCUCCUUCUCCAGAGAAACCUAUUGCUCCAAAACAUGAAAUUCUGGAAGCUGUUGGAACUAAUGAAUCAGUGCCAAGACGACAUAGCCUGUUUGAAAAGAGGAGAGGAAGAACUGCAUCUAAACGUAGAAGAGAAUACAGUAGGGAAAGACAUGUAGUACGUUUAAAUGAAACUGCUUAUGAACAAGAAACCGAUUCAGCUAGAUCUGAUCAGCCGUCAGGUGACAGUUUGGAUGAGCCAAAUACACCAAGUACAAAAGUGUCAGUAUUUUCACGAUUUUUUAAAUCACAUAAAUCUCGAGACAAAGGAUUGUCGCGGGAUUUCAGUAUUGAUGAAAAGACGAACACUAUUUUCCAGGAAUUUGUUAGAUUUGAUCCAAAACUGGAAGUUCACAGAGGAAGUGUUAGUGGAAUUGAAUCACGGCGACACAGACUCCAAAGAAAAUUUACAGACCCUGGUGUGUACACCUUUGAUGAUACUCGGCGAUUUUUGUCCCCAGAGAUGCGAAGCACAAGUUUAGGAAGUGACAGCAGCGCAAGCUCUGCACGAAGGCUGUCCCCGCAAGACAGUAUUGAGGAAGAGGAGUUUGAAGAUGAUAUAGAUGCCGCCGUGAUGGAUCACAAAAACAAAAUGAUGGAAGAACAGAGUUUGAAAUCAGUUGAAGUGACAACACCUACAGUGUCAGUGCAUGAAAUACCAAUCAUAAAACUCCCCGAGGGUGAAACGGUCGAUGCUUGAUUAAUUUAUUUUCUUAUUUUUCGAAGUGUGCAUGACGUUAGUUUUAUAUAUUGUAUACGUUUGCUUAGGGUGAAAGUCUUUUACUGAUAAAUAUUUUAUCAUAUUAAUUUAAACUCCUCUUUAGAAAAAGAGAAAUAUAACAGAAUAUCAUCAUAACAUGCGCAGUAAACCCAUAAUUACGUUCAAUAAUUAAAUCAGAACUAUAUGAAAUGAAUAAAUGGUAAAUGGUUUAAAUGAUACAUGGGACUUCCAUUCUGUCGAAGCAAGAGACAUUAUAUGUCUCUUCGUGCACUCAAGAUAUAUUUUGUAAAACACCCCAAAUAGUAGUUAUUAUUUUUUGUUUUUAGUUGCCUGUUUAAGUUUAUAACGUACAAUAUACAUGUCGAUAAGCUCGAGUUUUAAGUCAUAAUGAAGACAGUGAUUACCUCCGGCUAGCAGUCUUCUCUAUUCAUACAGUAUUACUAUAUAAUAUAUGUCACAAUUGUAGUAACUAAGAUGUGAUAUUUUAUGACCACAGUUACAACAACUUUGAAAAUAUACCAUUUUGCAGAUCUGUUUACAGGAUCCUAUUUACCUCCCCUUACAUGUGCACCAGAAAUUAAAAUGUACACCUCAUUUUCGUACAUUUGACAUUUCCUUUCAUCACAAACACGCAUUUGAGCAUUGUAUGAUGUAGUUACUUUGUACCCGUUCCCAUAAAGUAAAAGUGUGCACUUAAGCUAAGUUGAUUAGGUAAAUCACAGCUUACAUUUCUUUACUUCGUCAUCAUUUGAUUAUACACUUUUCUUUGUGUGUCUAAUAUUUUGUUAGGAAGAGAUACAUGUGUACUGGGGUGUUUCUGGCUAUACUUAUUAGAUUAGUUGUCCCAUUUGUGAACCAAAAUUGAUUUUUCGUGGCCGUGUACGUCAAAUUCUUUUAUUUGAUUAAGAUUUUUUUCUGGAACAAGCUCUCAUUUCUUUUAAGAUGCGAAUCUGUAUUUUAAGGUCUGGAUAUUUGUCAAAACGAUGUUAUUAUGGGCUGGGAACAACAUUUUAUUGAUUAAAAUGCGUUAUAAUUAAAAACAUAAAAAGUUCAACAAUUUUAAUUUUUACUGAUAAAAGUGAAACAUGAAAUACGAUGCAUACUUUAUUAUGUAUAGCCGUUUUAUAUAAAAGUUUAUUGGAAAUAUCAGAUAACAAAAUAACAACCAUAAACUUUAAACGACACAGAAAUGUGAGGAAUAGCGUGCUACUUUUACAAAAAAAAAAGGAAUGUUACCUUAAAUACUUAAUAUAAAACCUUAGUUUUAUGUACAUAAUAUUUUUGUAACGUAACCGUAACGUUUUUAACAUUUUUCAUGAGCAUAAAAAGGAAAUCUUAGUAAGACGGAAACUUAACUAUAUAGAAUAUAAGUUGGUUUAACUUAAACAAUAAUUUUCGUACAGUUUAAAAGCACAACAUCACCACAUCUUCCCCGAAGGUCAAGGUUGUAAUUAUCUAGAAGCAAGGUUAUAGCAGCAUUUCGUUUUUUCUACUGUACUUGUUACUUACGUAAACGUAAAAUACAUAUCAAGAUUUUCAUUCUUCGUAUAUUUUAUUCAGUUUCAAGUCUUGAAUGGGACAGAUCAAACCUUUGUGAAAAUAAAAGCGAGAUUACAGCAGCAUACGAGUACAUCACCUUAUACUUGCAUUGAUGCGUACAAGGGGCCUCCGUGGCCGAGUGGUUAAGGUCGCUGACUUCAAAUCACUUGCACCUCAUCGAUAUAGGUUCGAGCCUCACUCGGGGCGUUGAAUUUUUCAUAUGAGGAAGCCAUCCAGCUGGCUAACGGAAGGUCGGGGGUUCUACCCAGGUGAGGAAAUAAAGCACGGAGGGGUACCUGGGGUCUUCCUCCACCAUUAAAGCUGGAAAGUCGCCAUAUGACCUAUAAUUGUGUCGGUGCGACGUUAAAUCCAACAAAAUAAAUAAAUUGAUGUGUACAAAUACAAUAAAAUAUGUAUAGUAGUCGCAACUUGACCGCGAUGGUUGACUUUGGGCUGAUUAUUCAUAUCGAUAAUUUCAUUACAGAAAUCAGGGGUGCUUAGGUUAGCCGUGUAUAUUUAUAUGGAAUUAGUUUGUAUACAGCGCAGUAUCAAAGUAUAUAUACUUACAUUUGAUCAGUUAAAAUCUCCCAAUACACUAAUUUAUAUUUACACAAAUUUAUAUUUCCUUUUUCUCGUGCAGCUCGUGUUUUUACGUAAACUCCUUUUCAAUAGUAGGUUGUGCCUCAUUAUGUAUUAUAAUGCAAAGGUCAACCAUCGGGGUCAAGUUGCGUCCACUAUACAUGAAGAUACAUAUGAUGAUAUGACAAAGUAAAACUAAUGCAGGGCUGAAAGCGAAAGAAGAGUCGAUCUGCUUCUUAAUUCAUAUGCAUUUAGACCUCUCUGGCUCUGAGCCCUUGACUUAUAAUUUAAUUAUUCCGUGAUAGACAACAUGGACAAAACAAAUACAUAUAACUCACAGCAUCCAUUAGAACAAUAUUGAUUUGAAAAGAUGUGACUUUAUAGAGCAACAAGCUGCUUUGUACGUAAUGUAAAUAUACCUCUAUAGAGGUAUAAACGUGGUAUAGUCGGCUACACUGUGAAUAUAAAAAAGUGGGUUCGAUAAUUUUAAACGCAGUUUGUGAAAAUGAUAAUCAGCACAUGUCCAAUGUCAUGAUAACCUGUCAGAUGGAGUGCCAGAUUACUUAUAUCUCUGCCAAAAUGUUUGUUUACAUGCUGGAUGUGUUUAAAAUACAAUUCUAACACUUUUAAGAUUUUCUUUUGUAUAAACAAAGAAGGAUUAUAGCGUGCAUUGUCUUGUCGAUUAAAAACGUUUCGCAAAAUGACCAACUUUUGGCUAUUCCGCCUAAAAAAGGAUUCCACAUUAGUAUCCAUUCCUGGUGUUAUUCUGUCGUGUUAGAACUGAAAUAGAUUUUUCAGCCUGAGUGAUUAAUUACGACGCAUCUGAACGAAAAAUAAAACGUAUUUUAUUUGCCAACAAAGCACGCACAACUAAAAUCUAUUUCCCAAUUAACCAGCUCUUAAUAGUUAUAUUUUAAACAAUAUUUUUAUUGACCUGAGUUAUCAGAAUGAAUAAUAACUGUUGUAAGUUUAUGAUUUAUUUAGGUAAGUGUUGCUCAGUAUGGUGCUUUUUAAUACCGACGUCAGAUUUAAGGUAUUAAUUCAUAAAACAAUUUAACAUUUCAAUAUUCUGAUUGCAUUUUUUUUUUUUGGAUAAAGCAUGGUCUUUUAAAGUGCAUGUAAAUUUACAAUAGAAAUCAAUAAAGUAUGAAUAUACAUUACCAGUUUUUAUAAAGCAACAUAUGUGAUUUUCACAGCUGUACAGUUGCAAAAAUUGCCAGUGAAUGCGACAAUACCCUUCUUGUAACUCUAUAAAAAUUUGUAAAUCAUCGAGAUGCAAAUCUGCAUUGAUGUUAUUUCAAAGAUUAAGACAGACUAUUCUACCAAAAGUUCGUUAUAAUCCCGAGUCGAACUAGGGAACCAUGAUGGUAGGUUUUUGGAAUGCAAAAAUAAGUGAUGUAUCUUGCAUAUGUAUCCGUUCAGUGAUAACAAAGUCAUGAGCCUAGUACCGUAACUUUUAGAGCACUUAUUUUAUUUUAUGAAACAUCAAUUCAAAACUUCCAUUUCCCCUUAUGGACGUUUCUGGAAUUUUCAGGGCGUGUUGUUUGGAAUUUGUGGUGUAUAACAAAGUUUGUACAAUAAUCGUUUUGAGAACCUAAGUCUUUAUUAAUAAAUAUAACCACAUUUUUCCACACAGAAAAAGGUAUCAUUUUGCUCAAGAAACUCCAGUUUGAGAACACGUAGCAUGUCAGGUUGGGAUUUUUUAUUUAUAAUAAUUUAUUAUCAAACUCUUGUACUCUUGUGGAAUUUACAUCUCUUUUACGUGUACAUGUAUAUGUGUCAAUCUGGCUGUGCCUUGACAAUCUUUAAUAUAAAUAAAAAUAAUAUUAUGUUUAUAUAUAAAUUUGACCUUUGAGAGGACAGAAAUAUCGUAUUGAUAUAUAUACAUUACCUCCAGCCAGAGAGAAUUCUAAAUGUUUUUAAUGUUGGAGUUAGCAUGUAAUUCGAAGCUGUCAACAAAGGUUCAUAUAGACUUUUGGUUUACUUUUAAAUUAUACUAAUUACUGUCAACUUAUUAGUUUAUUUACCAGAACAAAAGAGAAACUAAAGUACAUGGAAGUUAAAAUGGCUGUGUAUUUUCUGCUAGUAUUUUCAUUCAGAAGUAAAUAGCUGUUUGAAAACGUAUUGUAAGAGUUAUAUUUGAAAAUGAGUUUUACACAACAAAAUUAUCUUGAAAUGGGUAUGUUUUUAACAAAAUGGCUGAAAAUUGUCAAGGUUGAAAUAUCAUUCUAAUAUGCUUGCUUCUGUUAAAACACCCUUACGCUAGAAUGACGUCACAUUAACGUGCGGUGACGUCAACGUUUUUGUUGCGACAAGAAAGAGCGCUUCUGUAUUUUAUCUACUGUUUUAGAUUAAGGGCAUAUUAGAAUCGAAAUAAUUUAUAGCACAAGCGUGUUUUAAGACUAUUUAUACAUUCGGGUGGUGAUACGUAUAACCACCCAUCGUGCAUAAAUAGUGUUGAAGCACUCUUUUGCUAUAAAUUAUUUCUUAAUUAAAUAAACUGAACACAGUCGCACAACGUUUAAAUAUGCUGUAUGUGAGUGCACAGUGUUGUUGGUCUUUUGUACUUACUCUGUUAAAAAGUUAUAUAUCUUAUGGCCAUGUUUCACUAAAAUAUUUUAUCUUUAAAUAUAUACUUCAAAUGUGUGAAAUCCUUCAUUAAAUGUAUUUAACUUUACUUAAUAUAUAAAUUCAGUUUACAUAUAGAGCAACAUUCAUAAUAAAAUGUCAUGCAGUAACAGCUGAUUGUUAAAAAAGCCAGUUUUUAGUGGUAGUACAAAUGUUUAUUAUAUACCUAUUUAAAUUCUGUCAAAAAUACAGCUUGCAUUUCACAAGGAAAUAUGAACAGGCUGAAAAAAAUCCCGUAUUGUACCUUCCAAAAAUCCCGUAUUGUACCUCCAUAUUGUAUGUUGCCGGACUACUUUCAAUGAAUAUGCAUGAGCUAACACAGGUAUAUGAAUAGCGCACACAAAAACAUCAUUCAUUUCAUUUUAACAUCAACAAACUUUUAAGAUUUCGUUCGAUUACAAAUAAACAAACAAAAAGGUGGAGGUAUAUUACAGUAGCUAGGUCUGGGAUUUUGUAUUCGGCUCUCGUGGAUUUUGCAAGGACGGAUAUCACUCGGCGCAUGCGCGCCUCGUGAGAUCCGAUCCCAGAUCGAGCUAUUGUUAUAAUAACCCUAUUAUACAGUGUUUAUCUGUACAUGUAUACAGUUUAAAACUAAUGCAUAGUACUGUCAAUACACAUCAACUUGUUAAUUUCAUGUUUACAUAAACCAUACGAAGUAAUUGUUCAUGUUUUUAAAUAUGAAAUUUGGAUCUAAUAUACCUUUAACCAGAGAGUACCCAUUCUUAUAUAUAUGUUUAUGUGCAUCUAUAAACAUAUUUCUAAAUAUGCUACUAAAAUCAAAUUCUCCUCAAGUUUUGAUUUUUCUCUGGCUACGGUAAAUGUACAUACAUCAAUUAAGUUUAUGUUCUGUUAAGGUACGUUCAUAAUACCUAUAUAAUUAACAUUGAUAUACGGGUUUCACGCGCAAGAAUCAGAAUGACUCACAGUUAGGCAAAAGAAAAAAAAUGAUUAGAAAAAGAAAAUUGAUGCUGAUUAAAACGAUGAAGAAGGAGAAAAGGUGGUCAUUAUUGUUUGUUGUAAAGUCAUAGAUGUUCUCUACUUUCUUGAAUAUUUUUACUCGGUUCUACACUGACACGGGUCAUAUGGGUCGUUCGUAUAAACUUCUAUAAACUUUCCAAAGUAUGAAUUUUUAAGGUACUAGUAUCGUUGUAAGGAAUGUACAAAAGCAACGUUUCUAAAGGAGGAAAAGCAUUUCUGAUAAUCCAGAUCAACAUUAUAGAUUAUAUGCCAUGUUUACAAACAUUUAAGACCGUUUUUUUCACUUUUUAAUGCCUAAUAUGUAUAUUUUACAUAAGCUUCGGUGUAAAGGCCAUUAAUGAACAUAUACAAUGUUUUCAUCAAGUAGCUUAUAAUCACAAAUCUGAUGAACACAAGCGCCAAUCAUGAUUCAAGCACGUGUCACCAGAACAUUUUCUACAUUGCCAGAUCUGCCUUGUCCUAUUUGUAGUUAGUUGUUAAUUACUCUAUGUAGUAUUAAUGUUUGAUUCACGUAUUCCGUAACAGGGUUUUUACAUUCACUUUUCUUGCCCGGUAAUAUCGUUUAUUUGUAUUUUGAAAAAUCGUUUGCAGGAUGAGGAAGAACUUUAAAAUAAAACGUUGUUAUGGAUUAGGUGAACUGUAUUGACUUAUGUAUGAGCUCAUUGUGUUUGCACAAGUCUUUACGACAUCUGAAAAUAUUUAACAAAUAUAUUAUUGUUUUAACUGUAAAUAUAUUUAUAUAUUUUUUCUCUUUUCUAUGAAUUUUAACAUUCCAAAUUGAUAUAUUUCAAGAGAGACUUUAUUAAAAUUCAAGUAUAUAA